AUGCAUACAGAUGCUUCUAAGCUCAGACAUGUAGAAAAAGAUGUUUUGAUUCCACAAAUAAUGAGGGAUCGAGCCAAGGAGCGGUGUUCAGACAAAGUGCAAGCAUUUACUAAAUGCUGUCAAGAAACUGGCUUUCUUAUGGUGGUGAAGUGUCGGCAAGAGAACACAGCACUGAAAGAUUGUCUGGUUGGCUACUAUUCUGAUCCAUUAUUCUAUGAAGAAUGCAAAACAGAAUAUUUGAAGCAAAGAGAAGACUACAGAGCAACUGGAAUUAAGAAGAAAAGACAGAAGCUAACUUCAGAUGUUUAG